UGCUGCAAUUCGGGCGGCACAGUUACCGAUUCGACUCUUGGGAGUCCAAAGGACCUUUUCCGAAGAACCUUUACGAGGCGGCCUGGGAGUGGAAGCGAUUGAUUCCAGCCGAAUUUUGGCCUCCAUCAACCUGUUCAUCGGCGCGGAAAGAAAGCCAUUCAUGGGGAAUCUAUUUGUGAAGAAAACGAAGAUCACAGAGGUUGAUCGGGCAAUUCUUUCUCUUAAGACCCAAAGGCGUAAGCUUGCUCAAUAUCAACAACAGCUUGAGUCCGUCAUUGAAGCAGAAAAGCAAGCUGCAAGAGACUUGAUUCGUGAAAAGAGGAAGGAUAGGGCCUUGUUAGCGUUGAAGAAGAAGAAAACACAGGAAGAAUUAUUGAAACAAGUUGAUGCUUGGGUCAUUAAUGUUGAACAACAGCUUGCAGAUAUUGAACUGGCAAGCAAACAAAAAGCCGUCUUUGAGAGCUUGAAAGCAGGUAAUAAUGCAAUUAAGGCUAUUCAAAGUGAGGUUAACCUGGAGGAUGUUCAAAAGCUAAUGGAUGAUACUGAGGAGGCUAAGGCUUACCAAGAUGAAAUAAAUGCAAUCUUGGGGGAGAAAUUAUCAGCAGAAGAUGAAGAGGAAAUUUUAGCGGAAUUUGAGAACUUGGAAACUCAGAUUGCUGUGGAAGAUAUGCCAAAAGUGCCUACAACCUUGCCACCUUCUGAAGAAGAAGAAAAGUUGGAUCUUCCAGAUGUCCCAGCAAAAGUACCAGUUGCUUAUGGUGCUGAAAAUACUUCAACUGAAAUCCCCACGAAGAGAAAAGUUAUGGAGGAGCCAUUGCCCGCAUGAUUGAAGAAUUGAAGUAUGAUUCUAUCUGCAAACGGAUGGCUGUCCUUAGUGGAUAAUCUGCUUGUGACUUGUCAUCCACGCGCAUUUGCAGAAAUUCUUUUUUCUCUAGACUCAUGCAAUCAUGUACUCAAUGAACUGAGUUCAUAACUUCUAAUUAUUUUGGUUUGAGAUAUGUACAGAUCUGUAUCAUUCCACUCCUGAUUUAUACAGUAAGUUUUUGUAAAA